AUGUAUGAUCUACCUACACAAUGGCACUUCAAAACAAUUGAUUUUCUACAACCGAGCGAUUGCAUAUAUGGAAUAGCCUACGAUUCAAAUCAGCUCACUUGUGAGUUCUACUUGACUAACUUUGAAAAAGCAUGGACGGAAGAAUUGGGCAGGCAGAGCAUAUCAAAGAGAGCUAGUGAUUUGGGUAUUGAUGAAUUGACAGAGGAGAAAUUGGUUUUGUUAUUGGAGACUUUGGUGAGAAACAUACCUGAAAAGGUUCAGUUUCAAGUGGGUUCUGAUAUAAUUGCACAGCUUGAUUUAGACUUUUCUUGGAGAUUUGAAUUAAAGGACCAGCCACCAGAGAUGACUAUACAAUUCCUAUCUAAGUUCAAUUUCCAACAAUUUAUGAACAACUCAUACCUCCAGUAUAAAAUACGUCAAUUGAAGAGUAUAUUAAAUGCAAAGGAAUCUUACGCAAAGUUUUUGGAAUUGAAUUUCAAACAAACACACGGUGAAGAAUUGAUCAAACAAUACAAAAGGAACAACAAAGGAGUGAUUCAUCUCAUUACUGAUUUUGACCUGAAAAAGUGGGAAGCUGAAGUGAAAGUGGAGUAUAUGAAGCAGAGAAAGUUGAAUCCGGAAGAUUUGGUUAAGCGUGAUAUUGAAAAUGCGGUUGCUACUACGUGGAUAUCAUAUUGUGAGGAUAAACCCAAACCAAAGACAAACAAGUUGAGAAGUUCACAAUCAAUGGAUACUACUGCAUCUAAUACUAACAAACGAUCCCCCAUCGGUAUGCUCAUCAGCCCUGCUAAGCGAUCGCAUUCCAAGAGUCCGUCACCAAAAGAAUCUCCGAAACGCAAAAAACUUGGUUAG